CUCAGUUCAAAAAAAAAAAAACAUGAGUGUAACUAGACGAAUCCCAAAGCCUGCAUGAAACACACAGAAUCUUUUCUCUGGUUCUGUGGACCGGUCUAUAGUCUCACGUGCAGAAGAAACACAUUCAACGUCUCUCUAUUUAUCUUCUACUUUUCAUAACCCAACUGUUUUAGAUUUUCUUCGGGACAUCUUCUGUUGUUAAAAAAAAAAACAUAUAAGCUUUAUAAGCUCCCAAGCUUCUCCACUCAUCCAUAGAUCAAAACCACAACUUUCUCUGACCUUCUUGUUUCAUUUCUUAUUCAGUUUUACUUGGUUAUUUAGAGAAAAGAUUUUAUAUUGUUUUUUAUUUUGUAAACCUAGAGGCAUCAUUACAAGUUUAAUUUGCCUUUUGCAUUGUCUCCCUCAAGACAAAAAGAGAAAGACAAACACUUUCUGUUUUUUUUUUCUCCCUCUCUCUCUCUCUCUGGCUCGGACCCUUUUCAUAUUUUUCUGAGAGUAUAUUUUAUUUUUCGACGAACUUUGUAGCUAAUUAUGGCCUUAGAGGCUGUUGUUUACCUGCAAGAUCCAUUGUCCUACAGCUCCUGCAAAGACUUUCCGUUUCACGAUUUAUACUUUCAACAAGGAGAAGAUCAAGAUCCACUAGACACCAAGAAUAACAUUAAGCUAGGGCAAGAACAAAGACAAGGGCUUCCGAGAAUUAAUUAUAACGGUAAAAGCGGAGAUACUUUUACCAAUGAUGACUAUAACUACAACGAUCAGGAGGAGGAUCUUCAAUGGCCACGAGACGAUCCUCUUUAUGGAUCUGCCUUGGACCAACCUCCACCAUCGGAUGUGGCGGCUGGAGGGGGGAGGAGGAAGAGGAGGAGGAGGACAAAGAGUAGCAAGAACAAGGAAGAGAUCGAGAACCAGAGGAUGACUCACAUCGCCGUAGAGAGAAAUCGCCGGAAACAAAUGAACGAUUACCUCGCCGUUCUCCGUUCUCUCAUGCCACCUUCUUAUGCUCAAAGGGGAGAUCAAGCGUCAAUAGUAGCCGGAGCCAUUAACUACUUAAAGGAGCUUGAGCAUCAUUUACAAUCAAUUGAGCCUCCGUUAAAGAGUGCCACCGUCCCAGUAGCCACCGGAUCCGCUGCCGCCGCCGCCGACCAGAUCAACACUAUUGCCGCCAGCUCGUUGGGACAGUUCUCAGAGUUCUUUGUUUUUCCUCAAUACUCGAGCCGACCUUCUUCAUCGUCUGUGGCUGAAGGGAUGGCGGAGAUAGAGGUGACGAUGGUGGAGAGCCAUGCGAGUGUGAAGAUACUCGCCAAGAAGAGACCCAAACAACUUCUUAAACUGGCGGCAUCGAUACAGAACCUAAAGCUUACGGUUCUUCAUCUUAAUGUCACCACUUGUGACGACUCUGUCCUCUAUUCCAUCAGCCUAAAGAUUGGGUUGAUUCAGGUUGAAGAAGGGAGCCAGUUGAAUACAGUGGAAGAUAUUGCAGCAGGCAUGAAUCAAAUCCUAAGGAGGAUUGAAGAAGAGUCAUCUUGAGCUAAUAUAGUUGGAUUUUAGUUAUGACACAUUUAGAGGAACUCUAAUUUUUCAUGUUAUAUUUUAAUAUCCUUUUCAUAUUAAAAUAAAUAAAAAUAAAUAAUUUUCGCUUGGUCUUUGUGUUUUUUAUUGCUUCACUUUUAAUUGUAUGACGGUGCUUCGUGUGUCA